UGAUAUGGUUUCACCUUGGGUGCAUGCCGAUGUGGAAAGGCACACAUUUUAUUUUAGCUAGAAAUUUCGCAUUCAAAUGAAAGAUAAAUGUCACUGUAGUAUUGCACCGUGUCUGACUCUUUUUCAAACAAAGAGGAAACAUGAAACAAGACGUCAGGAUACUUUUAUUGGGGGAACCCAAAGUGGGGAAGACGUCUCUCAUCAUGUCUUUGGUUGGUGAGGAGUUUCCAGAAGAGGUUCCCCCCAGAGCUGAAGAGAUCACCAUCCCUGCUGACGUGACUCCAGAGAAGGUGCCCACACACAUCGUGGACUAUUCAGAAAAAGAGCAAAAGGAUGAAGUCCUCAGAGAUGAGAUCAUCAAGGCUAACGUGGUGUGUGUAGUCUAUGAUGUCACCAACGAGGAAACAAUAGACAAGAUCAGAACUAAAUGGAUACCUUUAGUUAAUGGAGAUGCGGAGAAAGGAAACAAAGUUCCCAUCAUCCUCGUGGGAAACAAGUCUGAUUUGCGCUGCGGGAGCUCGAUGGAAACCAUUCUUCCGAUCAUGAACCAGUUCUCUGAGAUUGAGACAUGUGUUGAGUGUUCUGCAAAGAACCUCAAAAACAUUUCAGAGCUCUUCUACUAUGCACAGAAGGCAGUUCUUCACCCCACUGCACCUCUUUAUGACCCUGAGGAUAAACAGCUAAAACCAUUGUGUGUCCGAGCCCUUACCAGAAUAUUCUACAUUUCCGACCAGGACAACGACCGUAUCCUCAGCGACGCUGAACUCAACUGCUUUCAGAAAUCUUGUUUUGGGAAUCCUCUGGCACCUCAAGCUUUAGAGGAUGUGAAGACAGUGGUUUGGAAGAACACCAGCGAUGGGGUUCAGGACAAUGGCCUGACCCUAAAUGGUUUCUUAUUCCUUAAUACAUUAUUUAUCCAGAGGGGCCGACAUGAGACCACGUGGACUAUCCUCAGGAAAUUUGGUUAUGAUGACAACCUUGAGCUGACUGAUGAUUACCUUUACCCUGAGCUACGAGUUCCCGUCGGCUGCACCACAGAGCUCAGUCAUUUAGGUCACCAGUUCCUCCAGCAGCUGUUUGACAAGUACGAUGAAGACAAAGACUCUGCACUGUCACCGACAGAGCUUAGGAACCUGUUCUGCGUCUGUCCUUACAUGCCAUGGGGUGCAGAGGUCUACAUGACUGUUCCAACCACCGAGGAGGGCUACAUAUCUAAACAAGGCUACCUUUGUCAGUGGACGCUUUCCGCAUAUCUUGACAUCCACCGUUGCCUGGAGCACCUAGGAUACCUAGGCUACCCUAUCCUCACUGAGCAGGAAUCACAGACCACCGCAAUCACAGUAACACGGGAGAAAGAAGUGGACCUGGAGAAGUGCCAGACACAGCGGUCAGUGUUUCUGUGCAAGGUGAUCGGACCGCGGGGGACGGGCAAGACAGCCUUUCUUCAGGCCUUUGCAGGCCGCAACGUUGUGAAUAAAGCAAAUUCCAGCAGUGCCUUUUCGCCCUAUGCCAUAAACACUGUCCAAGUCAGCAACCAGGAGAAAUACCUUAUUCUCAAUGAGGUGGAUGUGGAGGUGGAGUUCCUGAAGGCAUCAGACGCCUCCUGUGAUGUUGCUUGUCUCAUGUAUGACACCAGUGACCCACAUUCCUUCGACUACUGUGCAAGUAUAUACAAGCAACACUACAUGGAGAGCAACAUCCCAUGUGUGCUGGUUGCUUCAAAGGUGGACCUUCCUGAGGUCAAGCAGUUCCACGGGAUGACUCCAGCAGAGUUCUGUUAUAAACACCGACUGCCUCCACCGCUGCCGUUCUCCAGCCUGCUCCUCAACUCCACCAGCAAGGACAUCUCCACCAGGCUUGCCUGGGCAGCAAUGUACCCACACCUGAAUGGUUCAGACAUGAGCAACACAUCAUUCUGGCUGAGAGUGGCGUUGGGCUCGGCUGUGGUUGCAGUUCUGGGUUUUGCCAUCUACAGAGCUGUUGCCAGACUGAAAUGAUUAACAACCAGCUGAGCUUUUUUUUUUUUUUCCCCCCACCAUGCUUCUAUCCAUCCAUAAAGACCAAACCUCCAAGACCAGAACCACUGCAAGUCUGCAACUUUUUACUUUUCACCCCAAAGGCUCCCAGGAAAGUCUUCCUGUCUGACUUUUCUCAGUGACUGACUUCUUCACUUUAUCCUCCCUUCUGAGUCAGCUGAUCGCAAUUGGAAGCUAGUGAUCAUGUUAUUCCCCAGGCUGCGGUGCCCAGCUUUUUCUGCCUUAUACUGUCCAACCAGGCUAAGUAGGAGUUAGCCUGUGAUUGCUCGGUGCAUUGAUAUAUGAAAAACUGUUCAUGUCCAAACAGGUGCUUUAUCAAAGGGGAGGAUGUGCAGGAAGACAGUUGCGUGUAGUCUGUUGCUUUCACAUCAAUCAUCUGUUAAGUGUUAAUGGUGAGAUUGGAGAGCUUUUAUGCACGAGGUGUUUCCUGAGCAUUAUAUAGAAAAAAUGCCAAAUUGACUAGACUGAAGAACCAAAGGGCACCAUAUGAAGUAUUUUUAACAAGAAUAGCCUUAUUGGCUGCUGCUGAAUCUCUUGCUGGAACUCCUCAAUGAACAUUUUCAUUUUGACCAUGCCACCACAGAUACAAGACGUUAGUAAUGGAUUUGCCAAAUAACUCCAGCAGCAGUGAGUAGUCUUAGCAUGUUAUUUGCCCCUUAGGCAUAUUAUUUCGCCUAAGAAUUAAACAUUUUAAUGUUUUUAGCAGUACAGCCUCACUGAUCAGCUGCAGCAUGAAGAAAACUGGCGGUUUGUUUAUGCAUCGGCAAAAAUUCAGAAAAUAUUUUCUCCUAUUAAAGACGCCUGAGCAAACCUUAAAAAUGGUAAAAUAUGAGAGAAAAAUCUGGUCAAAUCUGUCUCUGCUUCCACUCAGUUUCACUCUGUUCAUAUCAGAAUUGAAUUGAAUUUAGAUUGAAGCUAAAAUAGAUGGGUAAUUGUGCUUUUUUUCUAUUUGCGUACGCCUGACACUGUGCAUACACUUUGACCUUGUCACAGACCUAAUCUGCCAUUGUAAUGUUUUUCAACACGAGUCAGUCACGUUAAUGUCUGUUUUGCCGCUUAAUUUAGCCGGGGACCUGCUGUUUUUUGCAGAAUACACUUGUGUGACUUUUAAAAUAUGGCUGUUUUCUUACUUGAAAGUGAACUGAUUUAGAUGCUUAAUAAAAAGAACAGACCAGA